GUCACUUGCUGUCAAAUAUGUUAUAGGUUAGGUCGGUGUCAAUUUUUUGUUCAUGAAAGUAAAUCGUGCUGGUAACGACAAACCAUGGGUGAUGAAAUAAAAACUGUAGUUGAAAAUGGUGAUGAGGCACCGAAGUCGGCGAAACAAAUUGCCAAAGAAGCCGCCAAACAAGCAAAAUUAGACAAACUAAAACAGAAAUUAGAAAAGCAACAAAAAGCAGUUCCAAAAAAGGAUAAAGAAGAGAAAAGAGAAAAGAAGAAGGAAGUGAAGGAAGCGGCAACUUAUGAUAUUCCUACUCCAGAGGGAGAUAAGAAAGAUACUACUAGUGCACUACCUGAUGCAUACAGUCCAAAAUUUGUUGAAGCUGCUUGGUAUAGUUGGUGGGAAAAACAAAACUUUUUUAAGCCAGAAUAUGGAAGAAAAUCUUUGAAAGAUGCCAAUGAAAAUGGAAAAUUUGUUAUUAUUAUUCCUCCUCCAAAUGUAACUGGAUCUUUACAUUUAGGGCAUGCCCUUACUAAUUCAAUACAAGAUUGCUUGGUAAGAUGGCAUAGAAUGAAAGGUGACAUAACAUUAUGGAAUCCAGGUUGUGAUCAUGCUGGAAUAGCAACACAAGUAGUUGUGGAGAAGAAAUUAUGGAGAGAAGAGAAAAAAACGCGACAUGAUAUUGGUAGAGAUAAUUUUAUUCAAAACGUGUGGAAAUGGAAAAAUGAAAAAGGAGUGCGCAUUUACCAUCAGUUGAAAAAAAUGGGCUCAUCUUAUGAUUGGGAUAGAGCUGCAUUCACAAUGGAUCCCAAAUUAUGCAAGGCUGUAACUGAGGCUUUUGUGAGACUACAUGAAGAUGGGACAAUUUACAGAUCUAAUAGACUAGUCAACUGGUCGUGUACAUUGAAGUCUGCAAUAUCAGAUAUUGAGGUGGACAAAACUGAGCUUCCCGGCCGAACAUUCCUUUCUGUUCCUGGUUAUGAUGAGAAAAUUGAAUUUGGUGUUUUAGUACAUUUUGCAUAUCAGGUAGAAGGCUCAGACGAAAAAUUGAUCGUAGCCACAACUCGUGUGGAAACUAUGUUGGGAGAUACUGCAGUAGCUGUCCAUCCUGAUGAUGAUAGAUAUACACAUUUGCAUGGAAAAUACGUGAUUCACCCAUUCUGUGAUAGAAAAAUACCAAUUAUAGUCGAUGAUUUUGUUGAACUAGGUUUUGGCACUGGAGCUGUUAAAAUUACACCUGCCCAUGAUGCAAAUGACUAUGAAAUAGGAAAAAAGCACCAUUUACCUUUUAUUACUAUUUUUGAUGAUGCUGGAGUUAUUGUAGGAGGUUAUGGAAAGUUUACUGGAAUGAAGCGUUUUCAUGCAAGAAAAGAAAUUGUGAAAUCUUUAACGGAACUAGGUCUCUACAUUGAAACUAAAAACAAUCCUAUGGUAGUACCAAUUUGCAGCCGUAGCAAAGAUGUUGUGGAACCUAUGCUGAAACCUCAAUGGUAUGUAAGAUGUGGAGAAAUGGCUCAAAAUGCUAUAAAAGCAGUAAAUGAUGGAGACUUGAAAAUAAUACCAGAAAUGCAUGUCAAAACAUGGCAUCAUUGGAUGGACGGUAUUCGGGACUGGUGUAUUUCUAGACAGCUAUGGUGGGGUCAUAGAAUUCCUGCCUAUUUUGUUACUAUAAAAAGCAAACCUGGCCAUAAAUUACAACCAGGUGCAGAGGAUAGUGAAUUUUGGGUAUCUGGUAGAACAAAGGAAGAAGCAUUGUCGAAAGCUACCAAGAAAUUUAAUACAACAGAAGAUGAUUUGAUAUUAACACAGGAUGAAGACGUGUUGGACACUUGGUUUUCUUCAGCAUUAUUCCCGUUCUCUGUUUUCGGAUGGCCUGAUGAUACUGAAGAUCUCAAAGUAUUUUAUCCAACAUCUUUGUUAGAAACUGGUCAUGACAUUUUAUUUUUCUGGGUCGCUAGGAUGGUCUUUAUGGGUCAAAAAUUAUUAGGAAAACUUCCAUUCAAAGAAGUGUAUUUACAUCCCAUUGUCCGUGAUGCUCAUGGAAGAAAAAUGAGCAAAUCUUUGGGUAAUGUCAUAGAUCCAAUGGACGUUAUAACUGGAAUAUCUUUGGAAGCUCUGAAUAGUCAAUUAUAUGAGAGUAAUUUAGAUAUCAAAGAAAUAGAGAAGGCCAAACAGGGACAAAAGCAAGAUUAUCCUGAUGGAAUUCCAGAAUGUGGUACUGACGCUCUUAGAUUUGCUCUUUGUGCAAUGUGCUCUGGCAGGGAUAUCAAUUUGGAUAUUUUACGUGUUCAGGGAUAUCGAUUUUUUUGUAAUAAGAUCUGGAAUGCAACAAGAUUUGCAUUGACCUACUUCUCUUCAGAAUUUGAAGCACCUUCUGAUAAUAAAUUAAUUGGAAACGAAAGUUUGAUGGACUUAUGGAUGCUCAGUAGAUUAGCCACUGCUAUUACUGAGGCAAAUCGUAAUUUAACUGCCUAUGAAUUUGGUCAUGUUACCACUGCAAUUUAUAAUGUUUGGCUGUAUGAGCUCUGUGAUGUUUAUUUGGAAAUAUUAAAACCAGUAUUUGCUAGUGAUGAUAAUGAAGCCAAAAAAACUGCUCAAAUAACACUUUAUAGAGCAUUGGAAAUAGGAUUGAGACUUUUAUCUCCAUUUAUGCCAUUUAUUACUGAAGAAUUGUAUCAACGAUUACCUAGACCAAAAGAUGUAGUUGAGAAAAUUCCAAGCAUUUGUGUUGCCAGUUACCCAAGCGAAAAAGAAUAUUACAGAUGGAAGAACGAGGAUAUAGAGGAUGAAGUGUAUUUUGUGCAAAAAGUAGCAAAAAGUAUCAGGUCCGCUAGAAGCGAUUAUAAUAUUCCUAAUAAGACAAAGACAGAAGCGUAUAUUCAGUGUAACGACGAAAUGACUGCAGAAAUUAUGUUGAAUUAUGAAUCGGCACUUCAGACUUUGGCUUUCUGUUCAAAAAUCGCUGUUAACGAAACAGCACCUGAUGGUUGCACUAUUCUAACUGUUUCGGACAAAUGUGAGGUGAACUUACUGCUUAAAGGAUUAAUCGAUCCGCCUAAAGAAAUUGCAAAAAUCCGAAAGAAAUUAGAUUUCUUACAAUCAACUCGAGAACGAUUGAAUACAGCAAAAGACGCCUCAGAUUAUGAAUCUAAAGUGCCUCUAGAAGUUAGGCAGUUAAAUGAAGAGAAACUGAUUCAGACCAGUGCAGAGAUAAGUAGAUUGGAAGCUGCUCUCAGUUCGUUGAGAAUUAUGUAAAAUCCAACUUUUUUAUACUUUUUCUAUGAAGCUUGUUGUAAAUGUUGAUUUAAUUUAUUUUAGAAGCAUGUUGUUGCUAAUUUAAUAUACAAUCCAGUAAGAUUACAUGAAUAUCUACAGGAGAGGUGCCCAAUUAUAUGUCUUACUAUCCAGUUAUAUUGGGAUAAACAUGUUCAUUUUAUGAACUUUAAUUUUAAAUUCUCUCUUAUUGAUAUGAGAAUGAUUGGGAUGUCAUAAGCAAAUACAAUAUUAAUAGAUACGGAAAAAUAUAUCCUCAAUGUAAUUUUUACAGAACUACUAUUUAUAUUGUAAAAGCAAUCUUUACAUUACAUUUAAUUGCAUUUUAUAUGAGUGAAUAUCAUCACACUAUAGUCUUGGAAGAAUUCACAAAAUAAAUUAGAUUCUUCAUUAUCAUGAGAAAAAAUCUUGUAAAUGCAUUUUUUUAUACCACAGAGAGGUUCUAGGUCGAUACAUUUCUGUCAUUUAUAUUUGUUCCUUUUUUUCUAUUUUCCGAAUUACUGGGAAUCUAAAAGAAAAAGACCUUAUUGUUCUUACCUCAGAAAUUGAAUUUCCUGAGACAUUAGCUUUGAUUUGAUAACGUGGGAGUUUAAUACUUUGAUAACUGUCAGAAUGAAUCUCUAUUUCACGUUUCCUCACAUCUUUCAGUAACAAGUAUUUCUUUCUUAAAGAGGAUUGCACAAGAUUAGAUGGCAUUUUUCGUGAAAGUUCGAUUGGUAGAUCUCCUUUUCUAAUCUUUCUACUCAAAAUCAUAGUAAAAACCUUUCCACGUUCAUUUUUUGUUCUUUCCACAACUGAGAUUUGCUGAUGAGAUGACCUUGAUCAGAGAGGACCUUGUUAUCAUAAGUCUAAUUCUCUCUAUUCUGGAAAGUGAAGUUAAUGGAAGUUACCAAUUCUAACCAUUUUAUAAAGGCCGAGCUCUGUCAUUGUAGACACAGAUCCCGAUUCAACUUUGACUGUUUCAUUUUAUUUCUUGACCUUCAAAUAUGUUCUUGAUAAAUCUGUUGUGUCUAAUGUGAUAAUGGUUUACUUUUAAUUUCCUUUCCAUGGUUGUAUUUAUUAAGUUCCUUUCUUCUCCAAUUUCUUCUGAAACUUUAUUGUUUGUUUUUCUUAUACCCAAAAUUUUCACGUUUAUUUUUCCAUAUCUGCAUUUCUAUAGUUUUUUACCUAUUUCAUAUUCUUCUAUUGACCAAGAUUCACAAGCAUGUAGUUGAAUUUUUUGUGGGACUAUAAUUUGAUAUGUCUUUGCUCGCUUUAAUGUCAUAUAAUUGUACUACCUAAACAACAGAUCCGCCAUACUUGUCGAAUGACUUGAAUUUUAUGUUAAUACAUUCAGUGUUACCAAAUGUUAUUCAAUAUGUAUUCGUUUCAUUGGUCUUAACCACAUCGAAUAAAACAGAAUAAUUGAUCCUGUCCAUAAUUUAAAUUCAUGAUUUUUACUGGAUUACAUCAGUCAUGUAACAUUUUUUUUAAGUUGGUGUGUAUCUUGAAACAUCAUAAUAAUAUUUGAUUAUGCAAUGCUUCAUAAAUUAAAGAAAAUAAUAUUUGUUUAUAAUCCAGACAGUAGCGGAUCUAUAUAUGAAGGGGGACAAUUUUCCUCGGGAGGAGGAAAAUGAUUUUCUGAGUGAGGACAAUUUUCGACUCGUUGGCGACAAUUGUAACAUUCUUACCGUUUUUAAAUUUGCUCUUAAAAAAAUAUAUGGAAGUUUUAAUUAGAAACUAUACUGUUAUUUUUCAGAUAUAACAAUUAAAAUUAUAAUAUUACCAUUUAAUUAUACAAUUUGAUAAAUUCUUACAAAUCGUUCCUCCCAAAAUGUACUUUUAUAUUAAAAUACUAAUUGCUUAAUCUUAAAGAUUCGUCAUUGAUGUUAACGUGAUUUUGCUGCUUACAAGGAAAUUUUACAAUAAAGGAAGCUCUAUUGACUCAAUAUAUGAAAUAAUUAGAAUUGAAGUAUACUACCAACCAAUAAUGAUUCAAUUUGACACUUCUUUUUUACUUGUUAAUGAUUUUGUGACAUAUCUCUCAGCGAUGUUCCUAGAAUCUCAACUUUCAUACUGUUUGAACGUCACCAAAUCACCACUAGGAUUAACAAACUACGUAGUCGGUAUUCUUCGGAAACAAUGACCGUUAUAAGUUUGCGGAUUUUUUAGUUUUAAAAACGUGGCACUUUCAAAUGGAAUUUCGGCCAUCUUUUUUUUCAAUUACAUUAACAGAUGAUUUACCUCUAUAGUAAUUGAUAAAAAAUCUGAACUUCUACGUUUUGGGUUGUCUUAGAAUCGCUUCCGGUAUAGAUCCAAGGUAGGCUUCAUUGAUCGAUGAUAUCUAGCUAUAUAUUUACUUUCUCCGGACGCUACGUAUGAGGUUCACUGUACUUGGAAAUUAUUUUAUUUAAAGAAAAGUUAGCUUCAUCAGAAAAGAAUAUAUUCGAUGGAAACUUCUCACGUCGCCUUAUCAUUUCUUCGUAAAACUGACAUAGUCAUAUGAUAUACCUGAUGUGGGCAGCAUGAUUUUCGCCCAAUAAAACCAUUGACAAAUGUGAUCAUCCUACAAAGAGAAGUCAUUAUGUCAUCAGAAACAAUAAACGUGUGUUUUUUUUCUUUGUUUUUGUAACUAACGAUUACAUUUAAGUUUUUAUAUUGGUAUUCUUGAUCCGCUACUGAAUUCAGAGAAGAAAUUAGGGAAAAACUAAGUUUUUGGAUUUGUUACAAUAAUAAAUUAUGUGAGAAAAAGAAGACAACCAUUUAAAUAGGUUUGUUCUGACCUGCUAAUCGGGUCCGUACUUGGAACGGUUAUUGAAAGCGUUUAAAUAAUACUUUCUGCGCAAUCUCCGGCUUUGCACGGUUCUGGUAACAGUACUUGCCAUCAACCAAGUAUCGAAAAGACCGCCUCGGAAACGGUUCACGAAUAAUGUUAGUCGGUUGGAACACAAAACAAUCUUUCGUAUAACGGUAACUGCCCGGUUGGAACACGUGAUCUCUAUUGCGCAGAAUCGUCAUCAUACCAAGGUCGGUCUUUUGAUGGGUUGGAACAAAUCUAAUAAUGGACUGCAGAACAUUUUGUAUGCUAAAAUAAGGAUUUAGUAAACUGAUUAAAAUUUAUCUUAAAUCAAAUGAUCUUAUAAUAUUGGUUUGGCUGCUUCUCUUUCUAGAAUCAAUCGAUUGAUAUAAAACUGAUUUUAUGAAGCUUGCUGCUGGCAGCAAGUUACAUGACGAUAUUUUUGUUAUUUUAUAUAUUAGUUGCUGUAAUAUUACUUAAUAUUUGUAUAUUUACCAAUUUUUGCAGUUUUAUAUCUAAAAAUCGUGAGAUGCUGUAUUACAAAUCAAUACCAAAAAUAUAAUCUUAAUAGUGGCAAGAACGCUAAAAUAAAUAUUUAUCUACAGUAAUAA